GAAAGUAAACGAAGAGCUGAAUUUUCCAACGUUUUGUUUCUUGGAAGACGGGGUUUGGUUCUCUUUCUGCAGAGAAAAUUCCAUGGUGCGUCGUGUCAUGCAAUGCAAAUAUGCACGCACGCAUUCAUGGCAAUAGAAUCUGAAUUCAUCUUCUUCCAUCAUCCCUCUCAUUCCAAUUCCAAUUCUCUGAUUCUCAACUUGAAUUUCAACUCUUCAUUCUCCUUUUGAAUUGGUGUCUGUUUCCUUCAAUUCUCAUAUCUCUUCUUUUUUCACUCUCAUACGCAAAGUACAAUUCUUUUCCCCCUUUCUGAUAACCCCAUUUCACGUUUUGGGUGUAGCAGGUGUUUCUUCCUUUUCUGGGUUUGCUCUAGGGUUCUGUUUUUUCUCACCCUUUUGAGCUCAAUUCAUUGUUUUCUUUUCCGCACAAUUGGACAAAUACCCUCUUGUUUUUUCCACCCGCAGACCACUAUUCCCACCUCAAAAUCCUAAAUUUCCUUCUGAUUUUAUCUCUAGGGUUUGUUCAUGUUCUCCCAAAUUCCCAAAAUGCGACAAUGCGGUAGAGUUUUAGAAUUAUCUACCCUGUAGUUACUGCUUGCAACAUCACAUUUGGUCUUAAGCUUUUGUUUCCAGCUGAAUAGUUUGAAAUUGAAACAUGGGUUGUGUCAAUUGCAAGUUUUGCUGUGCCAACCCUUCUUCAUUAGAUGGUGAUUCUGGGAACUACAGAGAACAUGGCUUCCCACGUGGCCAUAAGAAGAACAUAAUCUCUCAGAGAUCAGUGAAGUCUGUUCCUGUUCCUUCCCACAACUUCAAGUUGGAGUAUACUUUUCUCACGCUGAGAGGAUACUACCCUGACUCUCCGGAUAAAGAAAACCAAGACAGUUUUUGCAUUAGGACACAAAUUCAAGGUAACCCCAGUGUCCAUUUCUUUGGUGUUUAUGAUGGACAUGGUCAAUUAGGCAGCCGGUGUUCGAACUUUGUUAAGGAUAGACUGGUAGAAAAUUUAUCAAAUGAUCCUGCAUUGUUGGAGGACCCUGUUCAAGCAUACACUUCUGCGUUCUCGACGACGAAUCACGAGUUGCGUAUUAGUGAGAUCGAUGAUUCAAUGAGUGGCACUACUGCAAUUACGGUGCUUGUUAUUGGAGAUACCCUCUAUGUGGCUAAUGUUGGUGAUUCUAGAGCUGUCAUAGCUGUUAAGGAUGGGAAUCGCGUUAUUGCUCAGGACUUGUCCUCUGAUCAGACACCGUUUCGGAGAGAUGAAUAUGAGAGGGUGAAACUUUGCGGGGCAAGGGUGUUGAGUGUUGAUCAAGUGGAAGGGCUCAAGGAUCCGGAUAUCCAGCAUUGGGGUGAUGAAGAGAGUCGGGGUAAUGAUCCUCCAAGACUGUGGGUUCCAAAUGGGAUGUAUCCUGGAACUGCGUUUACAAGGAGUUUAGGGGAUAGUUUGGCCGAGACUAUUGGUGUUGUUGCAAUUCCAGAAGUUUUACAACUCCAGCUGACACCUAAUCAUCUUUUCUUUAUAGUUGCAAGUGAUGGAGUAUUUGAAUUCCUGUCAAGCCAAACUGUUGUUGAUAUGGCAGCACGCUAUACAAAUCCUCAUGAUGCGUGUGUGGCUAUUGCUGAAGAGUCAUAUAAACGCUGGUUGGAACUUGAGAACCGAACAGAUGAUAUAACAAUUAUCAUUGUUCAGAUCAAAGGCCUCAAUAAUUCAAGUGCAUCUGGAGUAGAAUCCGGUGAGGUCAAUGUUGCUACUGCAACAAGGUCCAGGAGAGGAACUUCUGAGAUAUCUGCUACCACUGGAUCUGAUGUUUAUCGUUCUGUGAGGAACAGUCUCUCUGACUUAGAAUCCUGUCAGCAUGUGGCUUCAAUAAGAAGCCCUGCCACACCGGUUCACUCUUCAGCACAUCCAGGAUCAAUUGAGUCGUGAUUAAAGAGAGAUGCUUAAUGGAAACUUCACAAUUGUCCUUGUAGUUUCUCGCUGCUCAAGGUUGCCAUAUGAGGUGCAUUGUAUUGACAGCAAAAGGACCUUGUUCAGAAAUUGAAGUCACGGUUGAAUUCAAGUUACGUGUUGUUUAACCAUACUGAACCACCUCAAGGGACACCUCAGCUCGCCUUCCUGGGACGCCAUUGCUGCUCCGCUCUACAGAUUUAAACUUUGGAAGGGAAUCAAUGGUGAACUUGAAGCAAAAGGGAGUUAUGCAGGGAGAUUGGGUUGUGAGUUGUAAUUAUCAUUUGCAUUGAAUUGUGGAAGAAACUGAAAAGAUGGUUGAAAGGAAGACCUGAUGCUACUUGACAUUUAAAUGCAUUGAUCUCUUUAUCCUGUAGAUGCUGGAUCCGGCGUAUGCUUCUGGAACAUAUCUGGCUUAUUUGUUGCAUUCAAUAUUAAUUUCAUGUUCUUACUAUAAAUUUGUCUUGGGUUUAGACAAAUAGGCUUUCUAGCAACAACUGUGUUGAUGAGAAUUGUUGUUUCAUCUGUUAGGACUUUGUUAAAUGUGAGAGGAUAAAGAAAUAUUUGGCAAGCACAUUUUCCUUAAAUAUAAAUAGAAAUAGUAGCUGAGUUCAGGACU